CUUACUGGAAACGGCGCAUGUCAAUGUCUGAAUAUUCGUCCAGUCCUUCGAGACCAGGCUCUCCGCCAGGACCCCUCCCGGACCCUUCGUCGUCAGCUCCCGAUCCAUUCAGGUUUCAAUGGGAUGCUGCCUCUCGCAGGGGGGGAGGCCCUGGAAGCGUGUCUGAGAUGACGGAGGGUCGUGGUGGAGGUGAUUACUUUGGAAUGGCGCCUCGGAUUGACAUCCACAGCACUUCCUCCAUCAGCCUCCCCCUCGGUGCCUUGCCUUUGGACUGGAGUAGCUCAACCCAGGGGUUCAAUGCCAUAUCCACUGUCCUCAACAACCCUCGCAGGAGCCAGGCUCCUCCAAAAGCCCACUCUUGGCUUCCACCUGUCGCUCCUGCGCUAUUGCCACGCGUAAAGCGCAAGGACUUCGACUCAUAUCUGCAUGUAAUCACUCCUGAAUGGGAGAGACUGAUGCAAAAUGCACAGCUGAGCCUCGACGAGGUACCCCAACUAGAUAACAGUCCUGCCUCACCCCCUUCCUCAUCAGAGCUAACACCGCUGUGCUCCGUACCGAGUGUGUUUUUUGAGCCCGAAUUCGAUUUGAGCAACCCUCUUGUCUUUGGCGCGGUCACCGGGCACCAACCCGGGGAUGAGGAUGUCUCCGACCCUUGUUCUCCAUCUUACUCGUUCCCCUUGCUGGAAAAAUUAUCGACCUCAUUCUUUGCCGCGUUGACGAACCUUCAAGACUUACAAACGGAAUCUGAAGGACUGUUGAAGGAGGUGGACGAAAAGAGCGCAAAACGUGGAUUGGCAAUAGUCAGAAAGGAGAGCAGGCUAAAGAAUCUCAGAUCGGUCUCUGAGGGUGGGAGGGGACUAGGCGCUGUGGUAGAGAUGAUAGGGGUUGCCAAGGGACUUGUAGGCGCUGGGCAAUGGGGCGAAGCACUGGAUGUUUCGACCCCGUCGCCUCGACUGAAACCCGUCACGCACAGGGGAUCCUUGCGCAAAACGAACGGCCGAUUACCUGCCCUUCCCCCGACUCCCGAAUCACCACCACCCGAAGAAGAGGAUUCUGGAAGCAAGGAGUCGAACGUACCUUCGAUACGUCUGUCUAUUCUGACUGCCUUCGCUUCCCUCCCAUCACAUCUACGGGCCCUGACAGUAGAAAUAACGUCUUCGCUAACCUCGGACCUGGUUAAUGUACUCAAGGUUGACUUGCUUGAGCGCGUCAAAUGCAAUAAUAGUGGGUCUGAGUCGGCCAGUAACAUGAACGUGACGCUGGCAGACAAGUCACGCCCGUUGUUGAAUGGUCUCCUUCGAACAAAGGGCGUCAGGGAAGCUGUCGCGCAGGAAGUUAAAGGGAUGAUGAAACAUCACUUCCCCUCAUUCGACCCAGACGAGGAAGAUAAGAGCCAGAAGAGUGCACCAAGUGGACUUCCUAACCUUUUGCGUGCCAAGGCUCACUCUGAAUUCCUUUCGAUAAUUACACAGGUGUAUCGAAGAUACACAAAUGCGAUCGAGGGAUUACAGACUCAGAAUGAGAUUCUCUCAGACGUAUUGCAAAAGCAGCACAGACUGUCAACAAUACCCAUAGACCUGCCUUCUUUUCAGGAGGAAUUAUCUGACAUCGUGUCCUCCGCAGCAGAUCUUUCAAACAAGUUCGCAGCCAAGGUCAUAAGUUACCGGUUGGAACAACACGUACAACUUGACUUACCCAACUUUCUUAAUUUCUUCAACGAGUCAUGGGGUUUUGUGGUCAAAUGCGAGAUAAUAUGUCGUCGCGUGAUUAUGGGGCUGCGGGGAGUUAUACUCAGUCAGGCGAAGCUGUUCCUGCAAACUUUCCACCAGUCACGUAUCAAUCAAUCGGCGAAACUGGUUGAGGACGAGCAGUGGAACCCGAUGGAGGUCCCCCCGGCUGUGCAGCAUCUGGCUGACGUACUCGUUGACUCUGCUGUGCGGGAUUCCCCCGAGUUGGUCAUACAAGGCAAUAGGUCAACCAGCCCCUCUCCGUCCAAUGGUGAUCUCCUACAGUCGCCGGCCUCUUUAAAUUCUGGGAACCUGGCUUCUGCGCAAACUACCCCCACGUCCAAAUGUAUUCGUAUUGAAGACCGACCAUAUUUUUGUGUUUUGGCGACUGGUGCCGUCCUUGGUCUUGUGGUGGAUUACAUAAAGCUGGUCGUCAACCUGUCGACGCUCAAUACGGAGGCGAUGGGCCGGGUAAUAGAAUUUUUGAAGGCAUACAACUCACGAACGUGCCAGGUUGUCCUUGGGGCCGGUGCAAUGCGGUCAGCUGGUCUGAAGAACAUUACAGCAAAACACCUAGCUCUGGCAUCCCAGUCACUCUCCAUAAUGGUGGCCCUUAUCCCCUACAUACGGGAAACCUUCCGGCGCCACCUCAGCCCAAAUCAGGCAGUAAUGCUGGUUGAGUUUGAUAAAUUGAAACGGGACUUUCAAGAGCAUCAGAAUGAAAUUCAUGCCAAAUUAAUUGCUAUCAUGGGCGACCGAAUUACUGCACAUAUCAAAUCGCUGCAGGGUGUGAAUUGGGAUGCACCUAAACAGAAUGAUGGCCACGACUAUAUGGAGCUUCUGGUCAAGGAGACAGUCACGUUACACAAGGUGCUUUCGCGGUACCUGGCUGCGCCCACUGUUGAGUGUUCGCCGCCUAUCAAUCACCGCCUCUCGGACGAAUACCUUAAAGUUGAGCUGCAAAGUCAGGAAGCUAAAGAUCGGAUGUUGGCAGACGCUCGGUUCUUGCACCAGAAGCUCUCAGCACUAAAGAACGUGAACGCGCCAACAAACAUGCUUGAGACGCUUGUGGGCGAGAAGCUGGUACCUCGCAAAUCGGGCAUUGGCACGUUUCGGGCAAUCCCAACCCCAAACGAGCGUAUCAAAGGAUUCCUGUCACGGCGAGACAGCUCCAAGCCGGACAAGCCACUACCGACACCCGAGCAGGCACCACCCGGCGCACCCAGUCCCAUGACUGCGGAGGAUGGCCGUGACGGUUCCGAUAAGGUCAUUUCCCCACCCCGCAGUAGUUCUCGCGCUGCGAGAUGGCCACGCGGCGAGAAAGUCGACGUGUCAUCGCCAGCAAGAUCAGAGGAAACAGAUGGAGUGGUUAUUGAUAGGGAAAACGGUGAUCUAGCCGAGUAGCUCAUGACGACAGAUAACGCUGCCGACCGCUCAGGUCGGUGACGAAUGGUUCAAGUGAUGGAUAUGUACAUGAUAUCUUGGCACCCUCUCGGCCAGACAGUCAACGCCGGCGUACGCCCAAGAGAUGAGAUCGCGCCUUCAUUUUGUACAGAGGUUACAUAUGUACGACAGUCCUUGCCUCUUUUUGCCUUAGUUAUUGGUUCCGGGGUGAUUACCUGACCCUAUCUAGUCGGUAGCUAUUACGUAACAUAGUGGUGCAUCCAUGCCUGGAAAAUGCGGGGUAUUAUAUUAAAGCAGGC